GAGGGGGAGGGGAAGAAUAUGAGUGAAGGAGAAGAAGAAAGAGAUGAAGCCGAGAAGAAGAAGAAGAAGAAGAAGAAGAAGAAGAAGAAAAGAGAAGCAACAACAUCCAACAAAGCUCAGUCUAUUGAAAUUUUGUCAACUCGGUGAAGAUGAAGCGGAUUGGAGUGAAAAAUAUAAGAAGUCAAAGAGGCAAAAAAAGAGAAAUGGAAAAUAAAUGUGGAACUUCGGGAGAGCAAAUGCAAAGGGAAAUAAAUGCAAAAUGGGAAGAGGAGCCAGCUGACAAUUUAAGAAGAAAGAAACGGACAGAAAGAGAAGUGGAAAGAACAGAGAAAGGUGCAAGUUGAUUGAAGCUUGAUAGAAUGAAUUUACGAUUGCAUCUAGGAGAAUGCAAGGGGAGCUUUAAUUUGGAGAAAGCAGUGUGCAAUCAUGGCUUCUUUAUGAUGCCUCCAAACUUGUGGAGUCCUUCCAAAAAGACACUUGAAAGGCCUUUACGCCUCUCCAAUGUCUCUUCUUCAGUAUAUGCUUCAAUCUCACACCCUUCGAACUCUACAUUUCUUGUUAUUCAACUACACCAUAUUCAUAAUAUCUCCUCUUCUGACAAGCACGCCAUACUGGAACAAGUUGGAAGAAUGUUGAGAAUAUCUAAAAAGGAUGAGGAAGUUGUGCGAGAGUUCCAGAAAGUGCAUGAGGCGGCAAAGAACAAGGGUUUUGGUCGAGUUUUUCGAUCUCCUUCUCUCUUUGAAGAUGUCGUCAAGUCUCUCCUUCUUUGCAAUUGCACAUGGGGAAGAACAUUGAAGAUGGCAAAAAGUCUUUGUGAGCUCCAAUAUGAAAUUGUAAGAGGGAUUUCCGUAGAAAAGAGAAAGAAAAGGAAGAGGACAACAAAUAGAAGCAUUAACGACACUAUGAAUCAAGAAUACUUCAGCAAAGGCAAUUUCCCAAAUGCUGAAGAGUUGGCUGGUCUCAGUCCAGACUUACUUGAAGAGCGUUGUAAACUUGGUUAUAGAGCAAACUAUGUUAUUAACCUUGCUCAACUAGUUAAGAGUGGGAGACUUGACCUUACUAAUAUUCAAGAUUUGGUCAAAAUUAAGGGCUUUGGCUCUUUCGUAUGUGCUAAUGUUUCCAUGUGUAUUGGAUUUUACCAAAAUAUUCCUGCAGAUACCGAGACUAUGAGGCAUUUGAAACAGGUACAUGGCUUGGAAACUUGCUCUAGGAGUACGCUGGUAAAAGACGUUAAAGCUAUUUAUGACAAAUAUUCACCAUUCCAAGCUUUGGCAUAUUGGUUCGAGUUGCUCAAUUACUAUGAAAGCAAAUGCGGGAAGCUUAGUGAGCUACCAUGUUCUAAGUAUCCAAGUGUUACUGGAAGUGUGUUUGAGUGAAAUUGAAAUGUUGUAUUUUGAAUGGGAUGUAGUUUGAUUAAUUAGAUAUAUUUACCAAAAUAUUAUAAUGUUGUAGUUUGCACUAAAAUUUUAGAUUAGUUUUCCAA